CAUAACCUCGGGUAGAAAGGUCGAUUGAUGGGCGUUUUUUCGAAGAAUUCCGAACAAGUAACCAACAUUCAGUCGCCUUCCGGAAAUAAAGAAACUCAUAACAUUAUGAAGGAACCUGACGUGGAUCCAAAAAAUAUAAUAAAAAGUAGAGAAUUACUUUACAGACUUAUGAUCAGUCAAUUAUUUUAUGAUGGUCAUCAAACACUUGCCGUACAAUUGUCUAACAUGAUUCAAGCAGAACCUCCAUGUCCACCAUCGGAUCGAUUACUUCAUCUUAUGUUAAUUGGUGCUGCUCAUGAACCAGAUCGUACUAAAAAGGACACAAAUAACUUAUCCACAUUUACUACAAGUUUUGAUAAUACAUUGGGUCCUGGUUUAGAUCUAGAAUUUGAAACAGAAGCUCAAACACAAGCGCCAGAACCAGCACAAUAUGAAACAGCUUAUGUUACUUCCCAUAAAGGAAAUUGUAGAGCAGGGGCUUUCUCUACAGAUGGACAAUUAAUAGCUACUGGAUCAGUGGAUGCAUCUAUUAAAAUUUUAGAUGUGGAUAGAAUGUUAGCAAAAUCUGCACCAGAUGAAAUGGCACCUGGUGAUCAAACUGGAGGUCAUCCAGUAAUACGAACAUUAUAUGAUCAUUUGGAAGAAGUAACAUGUUUAGAAUUUCAUCCACGUGAACCAAUACUUGUAUCUGGCAGUCGUGAUUUUUCUGUGAAACUAUUUGACUUUAGUAAAGCAAGUGUCAAGAAGGCAUUUAGAACAAUUACAGAUGCUGAUCAAAUACGGUGUUUAUCAUUUCAUCCAACUGGUGAUUUUUUGGUAGUAGGAACUAAUCAUCCAGUUGUAAGGUUAUAUGAUGUGAACACAGCUCAAUGUUUUGUGUGCAGUAUACCUAAUCAUCAACAUACAGCUGGAAUAACUAGUAUAAAGUAUUCUCCAGAUGCAAAAACAUAUGCAUCAGCUGGUAAAGAUGGAAGUAUUAAAUUGUGGGAUGGUGUUUCAAAUCGUUGCAUAAAUACUUUUGUUAAAGCGCAUGAUGGUUAUGAAGUAUGUUCAGUGACAUUUACAAGAAAUGGAAAGUAUUUAUUGUCUUCUGGAAAAGAUUCUUUGAUAAAAUUAUGGGAAUUGUCAACAAGUAGAUGCUUAAUAGCAUAUACUGGAGCUGGUACAACAGGUAAACAAGAACAUAAAGCACAAGCAAUUUUUAAUCACACAGAAGAUUAUGUAAUGUUUCCUGAUGAAGCUACUACAUCCUUGUGUGCUUGGAAUUCUCGAAAUGCAUCAAGAAAACAGUUAUUAUCUUUAGGUCAUAAUGGGCCUGUAAGGUUAAUUGUUCACUCACCAACUGCACCCGCAUUUUUGACAUGUAGUGAUGAUUUUAGAGCAAGAUUCUGGUUCAGAAGAAUGCCAACUCAUUAAAUAUUUAUAGUAGAUCUUCGUUUAAUAUGGCAGGUACAUUCCGUGUUAUGCAAGAUUUAUUAUUCAAAUGAUGUGCAAAUACGUUGCCAAUUAUAAAAAAAAA